GGUCUAGAGCAGCUGAUUCCCGAGGCCGGGCAGCAGCCGCUGCUGCUGGGUAGGGGGGUCCGGAGGACCCCGGGGGACCCGAGCUGGUGCCACGUGUCCCCGGGGGAGCCGGGUUGGGACCUCGCCUCCAGGACCAUGGCGUCCAAAGCUGCACCCGCAGACCCCGGCCCUGUUUCUCCUCCGCCUCCCGGGGCUGCCCAGCUGGAUUCGGGUGAGGAUUUUGAGGUCCUGGAUGGAACUGAAGAGGAAGAGGAAGAAGAUGAUGACGACUUGAGUGAGCUGCCUCCUUUGGAGGAUCUGGGAGCCACCCCAAAUGAGGGGCCCACUGAGCCUCAGCCGGCCCCACCUGAAAAGGCAGGGUCUUCGAGUCCCCUCCAGGAGGAGUGGAUGGAUAUUUUGGGUAAUGGACUGCUUAGAAAGAAGAUUGUGGUGGCUGCCCCGCCUGGGGCCGAGCGGCCCAACAAGGGUCAGGAUGUGACCGUGCAGUUGAAGGUCUCGCUUGAGGAUGAUGGGACGCAGGUGGAAGAGCAGCCAAGUCUCACCUUCACCCUGGGAGACUGUGACUUUCUCCAGGCUUUGGAUCUGAGUGUGCAGCUCAUGAAUGUGGGGGAAACAGCCCUGAUCAUCGCAGAUGCCAAAUACUGCUAUGGGUCGUGUGGCAGGAGUCCUGCCAUCCCUCCCAACUCAACCCUUCGCCUCGAGGUGGCUCUGCAGGGUGCCGUGGAUGGGCCUGACCUGGAGCUGCUGAGCGGGCGAGAGCGCAUCAGCCUGGCCGACCGCAAGCGCGAGUGGGGGAAUGCCCACUACCAGAGGGCCGACUUCGUCCUGGCUGCCAACUCCUACGACCUGGCCCUCAAGGCCAUCGGGGCCAGUUCCAAAGUCGAUGUGAGCCCUGAGGAGGAGGCGGAAUUGCUGGAGCUGAAAGUGAAAUGCCUGAACAACCUGGCCGCCUCCCAGCUCAAGCUGGACCACUACAGCGCGGCCCUGAGCUCCUGCAGCCUGGCGCUCAGCCACCAGCCAGACAACAUCAAGGCCCUCUUUCGGAAGGGCAAGGUGCUGGCGCAGCAAGGUGAGUAUGCUGAGGCCAUCCCCAUCCUGAGAGCCGCCCUCAAACUGGAGCCCUCCAACAAGACUAUUCAUUCAGAGCUCUCAAAGCUGGUGAAAAAGCAUGCUGCCCAGAGACACACAGAGACUGCCAUGUAUAAGAAGAUGCUUGGUACUGCUGGUGCCAGUGGAGUGCCCGCCAAGAGUCCUGCCAAGGGCCCACGGUCUAUUCCAUGGAAAUGGCUCUUUGGGGCAACCGCUGUCGCCCUUGGGGGUGUGGCGCUGUCCGUGGUCAUCGCUGCCAGAAAUUGAAAGCCUGGACAGAAGGAUGCUGCCUACUGCCUGCCUGGGCUCCCCUGUACCUCCCAGCCCCAGGCCUGCAUCUUCCCUGUCCCCCUCCUGUCCCAAAGCCUGACGUGCCCCAGCUCGUACACCACCGGGCGGUGACCCAGAAUUCGGUCAGUCCCUUUGAAUGAGGGAAGAGUGUGGACCACGCCCAGUCGGGGGGCCCCUGCCGCCCUUCCUCUCCGACCUCCCCCCCGAGCUGGGCAGACAGCUGGGGGCCUGAUCUGUCCAGCAAGGGGACCGGAGACCCAUGGAAGUGGGUCCGAGUCACUCCCGCCCAGCCCAGCUCUCUUGAGAAGGCGCUGAUGGAGAUAGUGGGGAGGGCCUUAGGGGCGUUUUCACAAGGCCCAGGGGGAAAGGGGACUGCCAGGAAGCUCGGGCCCUGGUCCGCCGGCCAGGCCUGGAGCCCUCAAGCUGGUUCGUGCCCUGAAAGUUCCCUGGCAGGAGCCCGGAGGCCUGGUGCAGCCCUGAAGCACCCCUCUGACCCCCUCUGGGGGAUUUCCCAUCCUCCCUCCCAAGGCUCAGCCUCAGGAUUGCCCGGCAUGGCGCUGGGGCGCAUCUGUGCCCAGGGAGUUGCUUAUAUGAAGUGGGAGGAGAGUGUGCCCCCUGCCUAGGCAGAAGCAUCUUCCUGUGCCCGCUCCCUUUGCCCAAUCUGUGCUGCCCCCACCUUCAGUGAGUGCAGCCCUCCUCUCACCCCCACGUUUGAGUUUACUGGACCCAGGUGUGGAGGCUCCAGUUGUCUGAUGGGAAAGCCUAGGAAAUAAAGUGCCCAACCUGGUGGA